AUGGAAGAAGAUGAAGAUGAUAAAUUGGAGAAGAAAUUAUUGUUAAUGGGCCGUUCUGGUUCUGGUAAAUCAUCUAUGAGAUCGAUGAUAUUCUCCAAUUAUAGUGCAUUUGAUACCAGAAGAUUGGGUGCCACCAUAGAUGUUGAACAUAGUCAUUUAAGAUUUUUAGGUAAUAUGACGUUAAAUUUAUGGGAUUGUGGUGGUCAAGAUGUAUUUAUGGAUAAUUAUUUCACGAAUCAAAAGGAUCAUAUUUUUAAAAUGGUUCAAGUUUUAAUUCAUGUGUUUGAUGUUGAAUCGAAAUCUAUAAAUAAAGAUAUUGAAAUCUUUAUUAAAGCAUUGACAAAUUUACAAAAAUAUAGUCCUGGUGCUAAAAUCUUUGUAUUAUUACAUAAAAUGGAUUUAGUUCAAAUUGAUAAACGAGAAGAAUUAUUCACUAUUAUGAUGGAUAAAUUACAAAAGAUUUCUAAUCCUUAUCAAUUUAAAUUAAUUGGUUUCCCAACUUCAAUUUGGGAUGAAAGUUUAUACAAAGCGUGGUCACAAAUUGUUUGUUCAUUAAUUCCAAAUAUGAAUCUUUUAAAUAAUAAUUUGUUAAAAUUAAAUCAAAUCUUAGAUUCAGAAGAAAUCAUCUUAUUUGAAAAAUCAACAUUUUUAGUAAUCUCAUCAACAGCAAGUAUACAACAACAAAAUUUGGAUUCUCUUGAAUCAACCCAUAUCACUCCAAAUGAAGAAUUAGAUCCAAAGAGAUUUGCAAAGAUAUCAAGUAUCAUAAAGACAUAUAAACAAUCAAUUACAAAAUUAAGAUCAAACUUUACUAAUUUGAUUAUAAGAGGUAGUAAGGGAGCUCAUUUUUAUAUUGAUGUGUUAACUGAUAAUAUGUUCAUCAUGAUUGUAUUAAGAGAUAAUACUGGUAAAGAAGGAAAUGAUUCAAGUAAUCAACCUCAACAUGAAGAAUUAUUGAUUUUAAAUAAUAUCAAAUCCGCCAGGAAAUGGUUUGAAAAGAUUGAAAAUUCAGGAGGUGUUUAG